GUUAUCUUAUCAUGAAAUUUAACUGUUAUACUAUGUUGCAGAAUAUUGAGGAGAUCAGGAAUAAUCAUAAGGCCAAAGUUCCUUGCUUUGAUUUUGAGAGUUUUGGUCGAAAUGGAUUUGAAGAACUUCAAGUUUCUGAAGAUUGUGGGGUGGUGAUUUUUGAAGGGGUAUAUACAUUGCAUCCUGUUAUAAGGAAGUCACUUGACCUAUGGAUUGCUGUUGUUGGUGGAGUCCAUUCACAUCUUAUUGCAAGAGUUCAGAGAGACAAAAGUCGUGUUGGCUGCUCCAUCUCUCAGAAUGAAAUUAUGACUACAGUGUUUCCCAUGUUUCAGCAGCACAUUGAACCACAUCUUGUCCAUGCACAUCUCAAGAUUCGAAAUGAUUUUGAUCCAGUGCUCUCUCCGGAAAGUUCAUUAUUUGUACUGAAAAGCAACAAGAAGGUGGCCUACCAAGAAAUAAUGAGAGUGCUUGAUCCCGGAAAAGUGUGUAGUUCUGUCCAGAACUUCACAGAUAUAUACUUACGGCUCCCUGGAACACCUUCAAGUAGACAGCUAACAGAGAGUGAGUGCAUACGUGUUAGAAUAUGUGAAGGAAGAUUUGCAUUGUUGAUACGUGAGCCUAUAAGGGAAGGGAACUUUAUUGUACAACCAAAAGUGGAUUUUGAUAUCAGUGCUAGUACUGUUGCAGGGCUUCUUAAGCUUGGUUACCAAGCUGUGGCAUAUAUUGAAGCUUCUGCAUUGAUAUACCAGGAUGGAAAGAUUCUUAUAGAGGUUGAUCAUCUACAAGCUGUUCCUGAUCCUUACCUUCAAAUCAAAGGAACAAACAAGGAAAUAGUUGCUGCCGCUGCAUCUAUUCUUAGUUUGGAUGGUUCAUACACGACGAAGAGCUAUCUUCAGAUUAUUCUUGAGAGCUUGCAACCAGUUGAAAGAGGAUCAAAUGGCAUUCAUAAUCAGCAAGCUGCCAGACUCCAGGAACUUGUGGAGUUUAUUCAAUCUCAAGGUGGAAAUUUGAGUAUAGAAUCAAGGGUCAUCAGAGAAGUUUCACAGGCAGAUGGGGUACUUGAAGACAUGCAAAGUAGGAUUAGGAAGCUUGAGAGAUGGAAUACAAUUAACAUGGUUCUGUGGACUAUCUUAACAUCUGCGCUUGUUGGUUAUUCACUUUACCGGAGAAAACGUCACUGAAUAGCCCCUGUUGACUAACCCAACACAGUACAGUAUGUCCUUACUUGAUCCGCCAACCUAUUUGCACUUAUGAUGAGUCAACAUUCUUGAGGGUUCCCAUGCUCUCGUGUUGUUUUUGUCAGUGUUGUAGUAAGCAUAUGACCGCUCUGAUAAAUUCUUUGUGACAUCAUGCAUUCAUCCUGGACUGCUGCAAGGCCAGAGAGAAAUUAUAGUGAUAGCACAGCAGCAGUGAGUACAGCACAAGAAAUACAGUCGAGUACGAUGGUAUUUAAGAAUAUAUUUCCAACUCAUUGUUUAUAAGCUAUUGUGACUAAGAUUCGAGGAAAAAGAGGGAAAACUCUGUAGUAUCCACUGUAAUAUAGACUUAACGUUCAGUGAAUGCUAUUAUGUUAACUAACAUUAAUGAAAAUAAGAAAGAAUAUCGUAUACUUAUAUGCA